CGACCGACAUUUCCACUUCGACCUCCAGUAUCUUUUGACCCGGAUGGCUUCAACGGUCUUCUGGGUGACUGCUGCUGUCAAUUGCAACAGAUGAAUAUCGCAUUGCCAGCAGCAGUCGUGACACUGUCGUAUGGCAAGAACAAGACUAUCGAGGGUCAAAUCAGACGAACGAUUUGUUCAGAGAUCCGAUUAUCAAGUCAUCGCGAAGUUGAGAAAGCUACCGAGAUUGAGUGCUUGUCGUGGCAAAAGAAUCUAGUUUCGGUUGACACAUGCCUGUGUGUGAUCUUUCGGCGAGCUUGGAUGUGUCAUGGUUAUAGAAGAAAUACAUUUUUGAAGUCACACACUUCGUCUCAUGACUAG